AUGGAACCCUCUCAACAAUCCAAAUCCAUCGAUUCCUCCAUCAAAGACCCACUAUUGAUUCCUGAACCCUCAGAUCUCAAUCACGUGACCCAGCUUGACGAGGAGCUUCAAAACAAGUUGGAUUUGAAAGAUGAUGACGAAAUUCAUGAGAAAGGUUCAAACUUUGAAGUUGUUGCUGUAGAAUCUGAAAAGGGUCAAGAGUGUCAUAAUGAUGAUGGUUGGAAUGGUGACGAUGAUGGGUGGAAUGGGGAUGAUGAGGUGAAUGACUGGGUGGAGAAUGUGAAUGAGAAUGUUGUUGUUAGUGGAGAAGUUGAUCAAGUGGAGAACAAGGAUGAAAGAAGCAAUGGUAAUGGUAGAGCUGAACUGUACCCACUGAGGCCUGAAGCUGAAGACUGUUCCUUUUAUCUCAAGACUGGGACUUGCAAAUUUGGAUCCAAUUGCAAGUUUAAUCACCCUCUUAGGAGAAAAAACUCGGCUUUUAAAGAGAGAGCGGGAGAAAGAGAUGAAUUGGAGAAAAGAGCAGGCCAGACAGAAUGCAAGUAUUAUUCAAGGUCAGGGGGUUGUAUGUUUGGAAAGGAUUGUAAAUUUGAUCACACUAGAGGAAAGUAUUCAGCCGUCCAAGUUUUAGAGUUUAACUUCCUCGGACUACCUAUUCGUUUGGGUGAGAAAGAGUGUCCCUAUUACAUGCAAACUGGCUCUUGUAAGUUUGGAGCAACCUGCAAGUUUAAUCAUCCUGAUCCGACAUCUGUUGUAGGAUAUGAUUCCACUUCAGCAUAUGGUAAUGGAAGUUCUAUUUCAUUACACAAUGUAUCACAGACAUCUUCUACCAGAAAAUUCAAUGAAACUGCUCCAUUUGUGCCAAUCAUAAUUUCACCGACUCCGGUGGUUUCUCCUCGAAGUUCUGACUGGAAUGGAUAUCAGGUACCUGUCUAUUUAUCAGAGAGGGGUAUGCAUCCACCUGCACCAUAUGCCGUGAACAACCCAGCUAUUGAAACAAAUGUUCAUAAGCACCGUCAUAAGCAGACGUCUGUUGAAGAGUUUCCAGAAAGACCUGGUGAACCUGAGUGUAGUUUCUUCUUAAAAACUGGGGACUGCAAAUUUAAGUUCCAUUGCAAAUUUCACCAUCCAAAGAAUCGGAUUACAAGAUCACCUCCUUGCAACCUAAGUGACAAGGGUCUGCCUUUGAGACCUGGCCAGAAUGCAUGCACGCAUUACAGCCGAUAUGGAAUUUGCAAGUUUGGACCUGCCUGUAAGUAUGACCACCCGAUAAACAUGCCGCCCCCGACUAUGCCUGGACAUUAUCAACAACCCUCUUACACAAACUCAGCAAGUGUUGAGGAGGCAGGAAACGGAGGUGCUAGUGAUGCAAAAAGUCAAUAG